UACUGCACUGAGAGCAGAAAAGGAGGCUGAGUUUCAUGCAUUUCGUCAGGGUGAUCUAGAUGAGGAUGAAUUUAUUGAACAAUUCUCAGAAUUAUCUAAAUACUCUACUUACCUCCAGAAACAUGAAGAUACAGAGUGGAUGGCUGAACGAUUACUAGAGAAGGCGAGGCCUGAUCUAAGGGAACAGUUAGCCCCUUUUGAGAUCAAGACAUUCAGUGAGAUGUGCAAUAAGCUUCGAAUAGUUUCUCGGAGAAAGAGAGAGGCUAGAUUAGAAGCUGAUAGAGAGAGGAGGAAAGAACCUCAUGGGAAGCCCCCUAUCCACACCAGACCUAUUGGUGGAGUAGAGAAGAGGAGCAGUCAAAUCUUUGGAGGCUUUAGAAAUCAGAAGAAGAAGGGCUACUACCAUAAGGGCCAAACCUACAGAGGGAAUCAGAGUGGGAGUCAGGGGUCCUACAGGAGCCCAGCUACCUUUAAUCCUACUUCCGGUGCUGCUAGUAAUCAAGCAUGCAGUAAGUGUGGGAAGUUUCAUUCUGGUGAUUGUUGGGUUUGUUACAUCUGCCAGAAGCCUGGUCAUAUUGCCCGAUUCUGCUAUCAAAAUCAGAAUAGGGGUAAUGAUCAGAGACCUACAGUACCAGCACGAGUGUAUGCCCUCUCUGGGCCAGAGGCUGCUAACAACCCUAAUGCUAUCCGAGAUUGUAUUACUGGUGAAGAUUGUGGUGAGAGAGAAAUUUUAAGGAAUAAUUUAUUGAAAAAGCCACAAGGAGAAGAGCCACGAGUGACACGUGGAGGAGUCCCAGAGGCUUAGUGGUAUAGAUCCACUGUCUCUUUUGGGUAUUUAAUUUAUGAUUUAUAAUGUGUUAUAUUGCCAAUAUUAGGGC